AUGACCCCAACAUCGAGGAUGUCAACUAUUGAGAAGUCCAAAUCGGUCUCUAUCACAGAGCUGCAAGUGCCAAGAGAAGCUAUCAAGGACGUCGCCUAUGACUUGUUCCAAGAAGGCGGAGCGAACGAUGAAGUGGACCCUAAGGAGUCUUCCCGUAUAGCCAGAAAACUGGACCUCCACAUGAUGUGGGUGCUCUGCACACUGUACGGUAUCAACUACGUUGAUAAGGCCGCACUGGCAUGGGCCGUUCUGUUCACCUUCGAGCAAGACCUUGGACUCACGGGAAGCGACUAUUCGUGGGUCUCGUCGAUCUUCUAUUUUGGCUAUCUGGGCGCCCAAUUCCCAGCCUCCUACCUUCUGCAACGCUACCCGGUUGGUAAAGUGAUCUGCUUCUCCACUUUUGCGUGGGGGAUCAUCAUGCUUGCCCACAUGGGUUGCAAAAACUACGCAGGUAUUCUUGUCUGCAGAUUCCUUCUGGGAGUCUUUGAGGCUCCUGUGUCCGGAGGAUUUGUGUUGUUUACGUCGCUUUUCUACACCAGAAAAGAACAGGUCUCGCGGACGAUGUACUGGGGUUCCAUGCAGGGUAUUUUCUACGUGAUUUUUGGAUUUGUCACCUACGGUCUGGGCCAUGCUCACGGCUCUUCCUUGAAGGAAUGGCAGCUGGUUUACUUGGUUUUAGGACUCUGUUCGGUGCUUAUUGCCUUUGUGUGGCUGGCCUUGAUCCCAGACUCGCCGGAUAAAGCAAGAUUCCUGACCAAGGAGGAAAAAAUCAUCGCUGUCAAGAGAGUCUCCAAGAACAUGAUGGGUGUCAAGACCAACGACUGGAAAUACAGCCAGGUUUGGGACUGUCUUAUUGACCCAAAGACGUGGCUUAUGGUUGCGUUCAUAACGUUGUCUAUGAUUCCAAACGGUGGUCUUACCAACUUUGGCUCUCUGGUGCUCAAGAGCAUCGUCCACAACAGGGUGCAAUCAAUUGCGAUUGGUGUGGGCAGCUCGUUUUUCUCAUCUGGCCAAAUGCUUAUCUACUCCGUUUUGUCGAUGAAGUUCAACAAUUUGAGAACUAUUGGAAUGAGUGCGCCUUUGCUGCUGGCCAUUGCCGGUCUGUCUGCAGUCUACGCCACGGAAGAUCACGGCGCCAAGUGGGGCCGUGUGUUUGCGUACUGGAUGAUCAACUCGUAUGCAGUCACGUGGCCUUUUGCUCUCUCGAUCAUCGGUUCAAAUUACGCUGGACACACCAAACGUGCCACGAUGAGCAUGUUGCUGCUGAUUUUCUUUGCAGUGGGAAAUAUCAUUGGUCCGUUCUGCUUUAAGAGUAAGGAUGCUCCAAAAUACACCAAGGCUUUGGCUACAAAUCUGGGCUGUUUCUGUGCCUGUUUCGUCCUUGCAGUGCUCCUGAGAGUUUAUCUGAUAUGGGAGAACCGCAGAAGAGACGCUAAAUAUGGCCCUGUUGCCGAGCUUACGGAAGACGAGAGACAGCAGGCCAUCAUCAAUGGUAUGAAGGAUCUCACCGAUACGGAAAACAAAGAGUUCCGGUUUGUACUAUGA